AGAGCCGAAGAUGUCGGCUGGAUCAUGUGAUCAGUUGUGUCCAAUCACAGCUGAUCACAUGGCACUGAUGAUCAGUGUAGCCCCAGCAGUGCCACCUGUCAGUGUCCAUCAGUGCCUUGUGUCAGUGCUCAUCAGUGCCUCGUGCCAGUGCCCAUCAGUGCCACAUCAAUGCCACAUAUCAGUGCCUACCAGUGCACAUCAAUGCCACAUAUCAGUGCCCAUCUGAGCUGCCUUUCAGUGUCACCCAUCAAUGCCACCUAUCAAUGCCAAUCAGUGCCGCCUAUCAGUGCUGCCAAUCAGUGGCAUAUAUCAGUGCCAGUCAGUGCCACAAAUCAGUGCCAGUCAGUGCCGCCUAACAGUGCCAGUCAAUGCCGCCUAACAGUGCCGCCUAACAGUGCCGCCUAUCAGUGCCAUAUAUCAGUGCCAUGUAUCAGUGCUGCC